UCUCGAAUUACAUUUCCGACUAUACAUAUAUAAAUUUUGCAAUGCUUACAUCGUCCAGUUUAUCAAAAACAUCAGUUUUAAGACUAAGUACCUAUAUUCAUAGGCAAUUAAAUCGCCCUUAUUUUGCUUCAACUCAAACUGUUCUUGGAAUAGAGACUUCAUGCGAUGAUACUGGAUGUGCAAUAGUAGAUUCAAAUGCUAAAGUAUUGAGUGAAACUUUAUUUUCUCAAAAUAUUGUACACUUGAGGUAUGGUGGAGUGAAUCCAACAGUGGCAAGAGAUUUGCACCGUGAUAAUAUAGAAUUGGCAGUCAGUACAGCUAUACAAAAUAGUAAAAUUGAGGUACAAAAUGUGAAUGCCGUAGCUGUGACAGUAAAGCCUGGUUUAUUGGCUAGUUUACAAAUAGGAGUUAAAUAUGGUAUGUUUUUAGCAAAAAAAUAUAAUAAAGUUCUCAUACCCAUUCACCACAUGGAGGCACAUGCAUUAGUGGCUCGAAUGUUUCAUACUAUAAAUUUUCCUUUUAUUGCAUUAUUAAUAUCUGGAGGACACUGCUUGCUGUGUCUUGUAAGGGAUGUAAAUGAUUUUAUAUUGCUGGGGGAAACUUUAGACAACGCUCCAGGAGAAAUACUGGAUAAAAUGGCGAGAAGGUUGAAACUGCGAAAUAUUCCAGACUAUUCAAAAUUUCCUGGUGGGAGAGCUAUUGAAUUAGCUGCUGGAAGUGCAAACAAGCUUGAUUAUUUCCAUUUUCCUGUACCUAUGGCUAGAGUAAGAGAUUGUAAUUUUAGUUUCAGUGGUUUAAAAAAUGCCUUUGAUAAACAUUUGGCUGCUAAAGAGUUUAAUCAUGGUAUACUUGGAGAUGAGAUUAUACCAGAAGUGAAUGAAUUGUGUGCUUCUUUUCAAAUGGCAAUAGUACAACAUAUAAUUCAGAGAACUGAGCGAGCAAUUAAAUUUUGUGAAUUGAAUAAUUUUAUUACUUCGGAUAACAAAACUAUUGUGGUAUCUGGUGGUGUUGCAUGUAAUAAUUUUAUAUUUAAGCAUUUACAGUUACUCGGGAAUGACUUUGGUUUUAAUGUGGUUAGACCACCUCCAAAGGUCUGUACUGAUAAUGGUGUGAUGAUAGCUUGGAAUGGUAUUGAGAAAAUGAAGAAAAAAUUAAGCUUUAAAAAAGUAACAUUGAAUGAUGUAGACCCUGCAGCUGCACUGGGUGUAAAUAUUAGUAAAAGAGUGGCAGCUGCGGGUAUUCAAGUUAAAUUAAGAAAAAUAAAACAUCUUUAAUAUGUUAACUGCUAAAACACAACAUAUUGUGUGAACAUACACUGCAACUGUGCUGUUUAACAUGCCAUGCUUGUUAAAGUGUCUAAAUAUGCAUUAGUAUGGUUGAAACAACAGAGCUUUAUUAGACCUUGUAUUUUUAUUAAGGCUAGUAUUAAGUGUUAAAAUUACAGCUAACCUCAGAAAGUAAAACUGCUGUGGUGUGUCAUAUUGAUGCUCAGCAUUUUAUACAAUUGUUUCAAUAAAUAAUAUAUUUGUCUAAGAAA